AUGUCUCCCACUCACUCUAUCGACAGCUCUAUCCUCGGGGCGGUUGGGCCGAGUACUCUCCCUCAAACUCCUGGUGCUUCUCAAGAUCCAGAUCAUAUUGCCUUCCACCCCAUCCAUCCUCCUCGCGCACAUUUCCAACGCGAAAGUCUCUCAUCCAGGACUCCUCCUCGCUCACGGCCAGCCUCGCUACACACAACUGGAUCGUCAUCAGGCAAUGGCUACGAUGAUGAGUUUCGCUACCGCACUAUGGUCAGCUACCUGGCCAACAGAGUAUCUGCCAACGGAUGGAUGCCACAGCCGGCUAUUAAGGACCCAUCACAUGGCCUUGGUGUUUUAUUACGACAGUCCAGAGGAAACUACGUCUGCUGCCCAGAGAACAUUUACGACGAGCUCCUCUUUGCAGUACAGCGCCUGAAUGUCGGGGUUGCCGUAACCAUGAAGCCAGAGAUGCUGGCCGGUAUCAUCGCCAAUCUUUAUCCAGGCCAACAGGAACUUCGACUAAAAGGAGGCUCUCAGCUCCAGAUCCUCGACUCCCUUGCCGCCGUCACAUCCUCUGGAGUGAAGAAAUUCCAAUACGGCGCGAUUCUCCGACACGAAGGAGUGCUCCUCGUCUGGCAGGAUGAGAUCCAGCACAUCCUGGCCCAUGCCCAGAGGAUGGAGGAUAAGCUGUUGACCUACGUCUGGGGCCGCAACUCGGGAAUGCACACUCCCAUAGCAUCCCCCUUUGCUGGCGCCAGUCCAUUCCAGUCGCCAUCAGAUUCCGUGUCAAACUUUUCAAUGUUCCCUGAGAAAGGAGGCGUCGGCAUUCAGGUUCAGGAUCAUGGGGACGUCGGCGACGAGGACGAAGAAAAGGAUUCACCGGAGCGCCCGGAGUCUGUCAAUCGACCUUUCAUGUUACACAGUGCCUUCUUCGUCGGCAUGGGAGUAUGCCUUGCAAUCGUUCUCGUCUACGGUUUCUCAAUCGGCGAGCUGGUAUCCGAAUGCAUGAUGGACGGCCAAUGGAUCAGGUUGGCGUUGAUCGCCGCCUGCCCCUUCCUGAUGUUCGCCGGCUUGUUCUUCUUCCAAGUCAUCUUUGGCGACAUUUGGCAAAUGGUUGGUCCUCUGAACGGCCUCAAGACGAAUUCCCGGCACUAUUCUUGUAUCAAGCCGUCCAUGAAGACUGCUUACUCCCUCGGAUUCAGCCCACCCCACAUCACGAUUCAGAUGCCCGUCUACAAGGAGGGCAUGGAAAGCGUCAUUAUACCUACUGUCAAGUCCUUACAAGCUGCCAUCUCCUUCUACGAGUCUCGCGGAGGCACCGCGUCAAUCUUCAUCAAUGAUGACGGCAUGCGCGCCGGCAUGUCCGAUGACGAAGCCCAGGCCCGACGAGAUUUCUAUCACGACAACAACAUCGGCUGGGUCGCGAGGCCGAAGCACGGCGAGGACGGCUUCGAGCGAAAGGGCAAGUUCAAGAAGGCCUCGAACAUGAACUUUGCCCUGAAUCUAUCCCAACAAGUCGAAGGUUAUCUCCAGGAAGCAGUCGAUGCUCGAUGCGCACGGCAGCCCGGGCAUCGCGACUCGGAUCCUGCGAUGCUGGAAGAGCAGGAGCUGGACGAUCUUUACCAUGAGUCUCUGGGCCGUGCUCUCAGGGAGAAUCCCAGAGCCAUGGCGGAGGGAGACAUCCGCAUUGGCGAAUUCAUCCUUAUCGUCGACUCUGAUACCCGUGUGCCCGUUGAUUGCCUGCUCUACGGCGCGGCAGAAAUGUUCCUCUCUCCUGAGGUUGCCAUCGUGCAGCACUCGACUGGUGUCAUGCAGGUCGCUUGGGACUACUUCGAGAAUGGCAUUACCUUCUUCACUAACAUGGUCUACACUGCCAUUCGGUUCUCUAUCGGGUCUGGUGAAGUGGCCCCUUUCGUGGGUCACAAUGCCUUCCUGCGCUGGGCCGCCGUUCAAGAUGUCGGUGUCGUCGAGGAAAAUGGGGACCUCGCUUAUUGGUCCGAGAGCCACGUAUCUGAGGACUUCGAUAUCGCCCUCCGAAUGCAGAUCAAGGGCAGCACUGUUCGCAUUGCUAGUUACCAUGGUGAUGGAUUCAAGGAGGGCGUCUCCUUGACUAUCUACGACGAAAUUGCUCGAUGGCAAAAGUAUGCGUACGGUUGCAGUGAAAUGGUUUUCAACCCAUUAUACAAGUGGCCGACCAAGGGUCCCUUUACCAAGCUCAUCCGGACCUUCCUGGGCUCACGAAUGAUGUUGUCAUCCAAGAUCAGUGUGUUUGCCUACAUCUGCUCCUACUUCGCCAUCGGAGUUGGCCUGCCAAUGACAGUCCUUAACUACUUCCUGGUUGGCUGGUUCGAUGAUAGCUUGGACCACUUCUAUCUCCCCUCGUGGAAAGUCUUCGUCUCGCUCUUGGUUGUCUUCAACCUUGCUGGUGGCCUCUCCCUUGCAGUCAUCCGAUAUCGAACCGGCGAGCGGUCACUUCUUGCUUCCAUUGUUGAGAACUUCAAGUGGACGCCGAUGAUGGCGAUCUUCUUUGGUGGUCUGUCCUUCCACGUCAGCUGUGCCCUGCUCGCCCAUUUACUACACAUCAACAUGCAAUGGGGGGCGACAUCCAAAGAGAAGGAGAACUCGAACUUCUUUCAAGAGGUGCCCAAGAUUCUGAAGUCAUUCAAGUACUUGUAUGUCUUCGUGAUUCUAUUCACGGGUGGUAUGAUCUACUUGUCACUCUUCGCACCUAGAGGCUGGGAGAUAGUGGACUUCACAGCAAUUGUGCCUAUGGCAGUCGUAUUAGGCAGUCACGCUCUCACGCCUAUCGUUCUGAACCCGUCUCUCAUGAUUUUCAACUACUAA